UGUGAAUAAAAAUUUUGCAUUUAUAAUAACAUGAUUUUUUUAUUCGUUCAGUUUGCGUAAUGAAUAGACCAACUUUGGAUGGUUUUUAUUUGGUAUAUGGUGAGAAGCUUAAAAUAGUAGGACGAAAAGAUUAUCUACUGUAGGCUUACUGGUUUGAGAUCCCCAGAAAUAUCCAAUGAGAAGGCUAGAAACAAUGUCAGUGCCUCCCCCCAUCUCCAUAUAGAAUGGAGUAAUGUGUCUACCAUUUAUUAAUUUAUGUACGAUAUGCGAUGUAGUCUGGGAUUUGAAAUUCAAAAGACUAUUGGACAACGUGACAAAGUGGGCUGGAACUUUCCUCCGUAACAUAAGCAUGACAGACCAACGUGAGCAAUGCUACAAGUCUUCAUUUAUAAAGCUAGAGCACCCCAGAUUUCGAUCAGUCGAUAAAUAUCGCUUGCUUGUACGGGGUGUUGGUUGUGUAACAUAUUAGUUAUGGUGACACAUAGAGCAACAAUAUUAGACCAGCAAAUACUCUUAGCAGCAAAAUCUCCAGUGAUAAAUCGACAGUGUAAAAGACGAUUACUCCAUAAAGAGGAUCCAAUGUCACACCGUAUCAUUGAGAAGAGGCGACGAGAUCGCAUGAACAACUGUUUGGCCGACCUUUCUCGUCUUAUUCCGGCAGACUACCUCAAGAAAGGACGAGGACGGAUAGAAAAGACGGAGAUAAUCGAGAUGGCAAUCAAGCACAUGAAACAUCUUCAAGGUCAUGCUUGUCGGCAAUUAGAUUCGUGUGAACUUGCACAGCAGCAAAGCCAGGAAGAAGGAGUUGAACCACACCCAACCGGAGGGCCCAUAAUAACCGAGCAUUAUCGACUCGGGUAUCAAGAAUGUCUUUCAGAGGCGAUGCAUUUUCUUGUUGAAGUCGAGGGCUUUUUUGCUGGUGAUACGCUGUGUGUUCAACUUAUUAACCAUCUUCAGAAGCACUGCGACAAGAUUCUAAAAGGUGACAGGUUGAAUUUUCCACGGAUGCAUCACGGUGAAACGACAAGCACGUCGUCCAACAGCAGCGGGAGUGGUGGCUACGGCAAUCACCACGGCAGUAGCGUCCCUUCUGGGUCAUCUGGCCUAAGUUCGAGUUCCCCAAAUUCUGGAUCCUGUAGUGAUUCUGGACGAAUGGAUAAUAGGGACUCUGGAAUAGCGAGUGGCAUUCCAUCUAGUCCUCCCCAGCCUGUUACUACAAUUCUUUCAACAGAUGUUGGCGAUAACAGUUGCUGCGAAGAUAGUAUCGUAAACCUCCACGGAUCAAGCCAGCUAAGAGAAAUGCUUACGAGUUCAAACCUGACAUCACUCCAUGGAAGCCAAACCACAGCCGUCUCGGCCGGAAUGCCUCAGACGACCUCGGUAACAGGUUCUCGUCAGCUAAUUCAGUCUCCGCCUUCCUCUGUACAGACAGCGUCAAGUCUCCAGUAUCCUUCCGCGAGUACAGAUCAGAGCAGCUUAAAUGGUGGACGGUCAGUCGCGGCGUUAUACAAAUUUAAAAAUAAUAUUAAACAACGAUUCACAGCAGAGCAUCAUGUAGACGGUGAUGAGGCAGUCGCACCUUCGAGUGACUGUUCCGGUGUUAAAAGGAAGCGAUGCCUGUUCGAACCAACUCGUGAACACGUGCCAGGAAACAGUUCAGCGAAUCCAAAACGCCGUGACAGUGAUACCUGUUCCGUCCCGUCAUCUCCCCCCUCUCCGCCCACUCCAAAAUAUUCCCCUUGUACGCCAUCUCCACCGCCACACAGUUCAUUGAUUAAUCCUUCUUAUGGGGUUCCAAUAUUCGCUUUACAUUCGAAAGGCUCGUUUUAUGUUCCGUUGACGUUGGACGCUGAAAUCCUGGCUCCUUAUUUGGCAGCGGUUGGAUUUGGCCCUGAUGGUAAUGGUAUUCAGAAUGGAAACACUUCGUCAGUAUCAGACUCGGUGGUCCUUCAUCCUGUUACUAUUUCUGUCAAUUUUCAGCAAACAAAUCAUCACAGGACUCAUCAUCAGCAUCAUUCAAGGCAACAUAAUAAUUUCUACUCUUCCGUAACGUCAUGGAAAAGGGAACUGAAUGAUUUUUUACCAAUGCCCAAGUGGUCCAUAUAUUCACCUGACAGAAACUGAAUUAUUAUGACACCUUUGAUCAUACAUGUUUUAGAAGAUUAACUCAUUUUUCAAAAUUUGGCAAUAUUUAUUUAGGUAUUGCACCCGGCUUACAGUCAAUCUUCUAUAUGCAAUAAGAAAUUAACCCCUUUCUUUCGAAUAUUUAAUCAGAAAUCUCGACAUGAAAUGGAAGCCAUUCUGGGCAACGUAGCAUUAAUGUAAUGACCAAUUCAAGUAACCUAGACACAGUAUUUUAAAUUAUUAUCAACAGAUGGCAACACAAUUUUAUUUCUUGAGUUGAGUUUUUCCCUUUUCGAUCAUGUGUUGAUACACAAUAUUCUUGUGAAUAAUCGCACUGAAAAUUUUAAUUAAAUCAUUUGAAUACCAGCACAAGGGGUUAAUCUCUUUAAAAUAUUGCUCAAAGUCACAUCUCGUACAUUAUGUUUGAAAUUAUCUUGAUUCAUAUGUCCUUAUUUAACCUAAAAGUACAUUUCAUACAAACAUUGCUAUGGAUUCCAGGGUUUUGAUCGGGAUGAUAUGCGAGGUUUAUCAUUAUUAGUUGACUUCUCAGGCAGUAUUCGACUUUAAUCGGUGGGGCAGCGUACUUCUACCAGUGUUGUCUUUUAUGAUAUGUCAAAUUUUGUAUGGCCUCCACAUUCGAAAAUAUGUGACAGUCUUCUGUUUACACUUGUUCCAGAAAGAAUAUUGCUAGUUUGUAUGAGAUGUGAAUAAAAUAGAUACUGGAUUUUUGUGAUAUUUUAAGCUGGAAGGAAGAAUGUGAUGGGAUGGUUUGUGAAACAGGUCAAAAUGAAGAUAUGAAAAUAUUGUUAUUUAUGUGUAACCUAAAAUUAGGUUAACAUCAGUUUGAAAGAGAAUAUUUGAGAACAAGGUAAAACAAUAUUAUAGACGAAGUGAGAGGAGAGUGGAGAAUAUUUCACAGUUAUCAGCUUCUCAGCUUGUAGUCGUCAUCAAAUAUUAGGCUGAUCAAAUCAAAGAGCCAUGAAGUACUCUUCACGUGAGAGAGAUGAGAAAUGCAUACAAAAUUUUAUUUGGAAAACCUGAAGGGAAGAGACCAUUUGGAAGAUCUUGAAUCAGGUGGAGAGAGAGCUAUAAUAAAAUGGAUUCAAAUAUGGUGGUAGGAGGUCGUUGUGAUAUUACUGUAUGUUCCGAGUAUAAAUUGUGCUUCUUUCCUGGGUGGUGCUACCUGUGGAUAUUAUACUCUAAAGGCAUAGCAGGGUUUUUUCCUCAGCGGUUUUGUCUCUAAAAUAUAGAAUGUCUUAUAGGUUAGAAAGUAUGAUAUCCAGUUAAGUUGUAAGUGGCUUGCAUAUUGUUGGAUAACUGAUCACAGAAUAUUACUUGAAUUUAAAGAUGUCCUUCAGUGUUUAUUAUCUUAAGCUAACAAUUCAGGCUGUGAAGAAAUGAGUGACAAGAUAGUUUUUAUAUGUACAGAAAUGUGAACUGACUGAGCACUCUGAAUGAGUUGCAUAUUUUAAGAAUUUUACUGUUAUAGAAACAUCUUGUAAAUAUCCCAGUUUGAUGGGAAGAUAUUUGAUGUAUUUCAUUACAUGUAUAGCGUUGAUGAGUUUUCUACAUGUAUAUAUUUGUAAUUGUAAAGAGAAUAUAUUAACACAAAACUAAAUUAAAUUAAA